AGCUAUUGAGAAUUUCAACUGCCAUUGCCAAGUUGGUAUUUUUUGUUGCUUUGAAUCGAACUUGAGCUGAACUGGGCCACUGGCAGGGUUUUUUAUGAGCGCUCACUCUACGAUAUAGUUUUACCAAGUUCUACUCUCUCUACUUUUCCCCUCUCUCUCUCCAUCUCUCUCUCCCUCUCAUGCACACUCCCACUUCCAGUUCACUGACGGCUAUGAUCCAAGCUAGCAGGGACCCUGGACCGAUCAGUGCAGUGCUCACAAUUCUGUUGCUGUAUGGUUUUGAGCAUCCAGAGAGUGCUGGACUCCCACUCCCUGAAGCAGUGCUUGGAAGUUUAACCAGUUGGACGCAAGGACUUAUUGGUGUUUUCAACUCCAUGGUUGUACCAGCUAGAUUUGGCCCACUGCCCACAUGCAACUGCAUUGAAGCAAUAGCCAUACUUGGAAUGAACCUAUAUAGUUUUGUGUUGCGAUUGAAGAUGAGAGCCGAUGUAAAUUUAAUUCAUCUGGAUAGGGGAAGUGUAGAAUAAGACAGUGGAUCCUCUUCUGUUACCCCCCCCCUCAAAUUCUUGGAGAACUGCAGGAUCCAGUGGAUAUCCAUGUAUGUAGUUCCAUUGUAAUUUUAUUUCAGUAUUUGCUUCUCUGUAAAGCACUGUGAUGCAGUCAAUGUGAAGAGCGCUAUCUAAUAUUGUAUGGUAUUGUAAAAAUUAGUUUUACAUGACUUGUAUAGGAAUAGAAAGAAAGAAUAGACAAAGGAAUUGGGCUCAGGGAGAGGGUGGCA